UUACAGUUGUUCAGUGAAAAAAUAAGUGGAGCAGAAGGAACAAAGUUAGAUGAAGAAUUUCAAGAGAUGGAAAGGAAAAUUGAUGUUACUAAUAAAGCUGUAGCGGAGCUCCUAUCCAAAUCCACAGAGUAUCUUCAGCCCAAUCCAGCAUACAGAGCCAAGCUGGGAAUGCUGAACACUAUGUCAAAGAUCAGAGGACAAGUUAAAACCACAGGCUAUCCCCAGACAGAGGGACUCCUAGGAGACUGCAUGAUACGGUAUGGCAGAGAGCUUGGCGAUGAUUCUAUGUUUGGCCUUGCACUACUGGAUGCUGGUGAGAGCAUGAAGCAAAUGGCAGAGGUGAAGGACUCACUUGAUAUUAAUGUCAAACAAAAUUUUAUUGAUCCUCUACAGUUAUUGCAGGACAAAGAUUUAAAAGAGAUUGGGCAUCAUUUGAAGAAACUAGAAGGACGCCGUUUGGAUUAUGAUUAUAAAAAGAAGCGUCUUGGAAAGAUACCAGAUGAAGAAGUUAAACAAGCAGUAGAAAAAUUUGAAGAGUCAAAGGAACUGGCUGAAAGAAGCAUGUUCAAUUUCUUAGAAAAUGAUGUAGAACAAGUUAGCCAGUUGGCUGUGUUUGUAGAAGCAGCACUAGAUUACCAUAAACAAUCCACAGAAAUUCUGGAGGAUCUGCAGAGCAAGCUGCAAAACCGAAUAAAUGUAGCAUCUAGUCGGCCUAAACGUGAAUUUAAGCCAAAGCCUGUAAUAACUACAACUCUGGAAACUGGUGAUAAUCAGCAGCACAACGGGAUUGCCUAUAGUUCUUCCAUAAAGCCAUCAGGUUCUUCAAUGCACAUGGAUCAGCCUUGCUGCCAAGCUCUCUAUGACUUUGAGCCAGAAAACGAAGGCGAGCUUGGGUUUAAGGAAGGGGACAUCAUAACUUUGACCAAUCAGAUUGAUGAGAAUUGGUAUGAGGGGAUGUUAAAUGGAGAGUCUGGCUUCUUCCCCAUUAAUUAUGUUGAAGUGAUGGUUCCCUUGCCUCAGUGAUCGUGUCAUUCAAGCUGUGAACGUGAUUUCAUGACUGAAAUGGAUUCACAAAUGUUCUGUCAGUGUGGCAUUCUGUGAAAGCCUUGCUAUUUGACUGACUUACUGACUUUUGUAUGCGUCUUUUUAAAAUGUAUUUAUUUUAUAUUCAAGAAAAUUUUACCUUCCCUGACUCCAUCAACCUGCAAAAA